GUCUUCAGCCCCUAUCCUUGUCGCCCUGCUUGGAAGCUCCACUGGUCAGUGGGUAGCGUCCCGAUCCGCCUCCAGGUACCGGCAGGUUGGGACGCUGCGGGGUAAUUAGCGGCAUCAGCGGGGCCGGGAAUGACGGCAUCAUCAACGGUCCGGCCAUCGGAGCUUCGUUUGUUUUUGAGAUACAAGUGGAUUGGUAAUCCGGGAAACGGAAUCCUGGAUAACCCUUGAUCGUCUGAAUGAUAAAAACAUUUUCGGCAGCUUUUGUGUAGGCUUUGUACUUGUUCGCCAACAUCAGUCCAAUACCAAGCCUCACCAUGGCAUCAGGUCCCAUCAAGAUCGCAGUCCUCGACGACUACCAGGGUAUCUCUGAACCCAAGUACCAGAGACUUGACCCCUCAAAGUAUGAGGUGUCUUUCUUCAAAGACACUCUGCCCCCGUUCAAUCAUUCCGAUACCACCCAAGAUGUCAAGGACAAACUUGUCGCCAGACUCGAGCCUUUCACGGUGAUCUCUACCAUGAGGGAGCGUACUCCUUUCCCAAAGGAUUUGAUAGCCCGCCUCCCCAACCUGAAGCUCCUCUUGACUACCGGAAACCGCAACUUGGGGCUGGACCUGGAAGCCUUCAAAGAGCGGGGCAUCCCUGUUGCUGGUGCUGUCGACAGAGCUCAUGCAGGGUCGGUAGGUUCUAUCAGCACAACGGAGCACUGUGUCGCCAUGAUCCUUGCUGCGGCUCGCAACAUUGCGCAAGACGAUUUCUCGGUCAAAGCUGGUGGCUGGCAAACAGUUCCUGCCGUCUGUCUUCGCGGCAAGAUCUUUGGCACCGUCGGUCUCGGGCGGUUGGGCAUUGCUGUUGCAAAGAUCAUGUACCUGGCCUUCGGGAUGCGCAUCAUCGCCUGGAGCUCCAACCUGACACAAGAUGCUGCCGAUGAGAAGGCUCGGGCUGCCGGAUUUCCCGUCGAAAAUGCACACGGAGAGAAGACCUUCAAGGUUGUCAGCAAGGAAGAGCUUUUCAAGACGGCAGAUGUGGUCAGCAUUCACCUUGUUCUCUCGGAUCGGUCCAGGGGCAGCAUCGCUGCUGCUGACCUCGCUCUGAUGAAGCCCUCUGCCAUCUUUGUGAACACGUCUCGGGGACCUCUUGUUGUGGAGAAGGAUCUUCAGGAUGCGCUAGAGCAAGGCAAGAUCCGCGCAGCAGCUCUCGAUGUAUUUGAAAGAGAGCCUCUGCCGCUGGACAGCAGGUGGAGGACAACAAAGUGGGGACAAGAUGGAAGGAGUCGCGUGUUGCUCACGCCUCAUAUGGGCUAUGUGGAAGAAGCGACACUCGAUGCCUGGUAUGAGGAGCAGGUAGCAAAUCUGCUGAGGUGGGAGAAGAAUGAAGGUCUUACAACCCCAUUGUAUUAG